UCUAUCUGUCUUUAACUCUCUCUCUCUCUCUCUCUCUCUACAAUCAAAAAUGUUGUCUCAAUCUUUUAAUUCUUUGAAAAAUAUAAUUCUAAUUCUUUAAUUCUUCAAACCAAUACCAUUCUUUAUUCAUUCCAUUUCUUCUUUCUUAAUUCUUCAUUUCUUCAACACAACAAAAACAACAACAUUUUACAAACAAACCAACAUUAUUGUUAUUAUUAUGGCUCCGGCUCUUUUUCCGGCCGGAAUUGUGAUAUUGGCGACGGUGGCGACGGUUGUGGUUUUUGGUUAUUCUUUUCCGACCACAACUACGCUUACUUUAGAAAGAGGAAUUCCGGCGAGUCAUAAGCUAGAGUUAAGUGAGCUUAUAGAGAGAGAUAGUUUUAGACACAGAAGAAUAUUGCAGCAGUCUUCUGGAGUUGUUGAUUUUCCUGUUCAAGGCACUUUUAAUCCUUUUCUUGUUGGGCUUUAUUUUACAAGAGUACAAUUGGGUUCUCCUCCAAGAGAUUUUUAUGUACAAAUAGACACCGGAAGUGAUGUUCUUUGGGUUAGUUGCAGCUCCUGUAAUGGUUGCCCUGUUACUAGUGGACUCCAAAUUCCACUCACUUUUUUUGAUCCCGGGAGCUCAUCAACAUCUUCAUUGAUCUCUUGUUCAGACCAACGUUGUGCUGCUGGAAUUCAAUCAUCGGAUUCUCUCUGCUCUUCACGAAAUAAUCAGUGUUCUUAUACAUUUCAAUAUGGGGAUGGAAGCGGCACAUCAGGCUAUUAUGUAGCAGAUUUGAUUCAUCUCGAUACAGUUCUUAGUGGGUCACAGACUAAUAAUUCUACUGCUCCCGUUGUCUUUGGGUGUAGCACAAUACAAACUGGGGACUUGACAAAAUCCGAUAGAGCAGUUGAUGGGAUAUUUGGAUUUGGCCAACAAGAAAUGUCUGUCAUUUCCCAGUUGGCUUCACAUGGAGUAACACCAAAGGUUUUCUCCCAUUGUUUGAGAGGAGAUGAUUCUGGUGGCGGCGUGCUGGUUCUUGGAGAAAUUGUGGAGCCAAAUAUUGUUUAUACUCCGCUUGUCCCAUCACAGCCUCAUUAUAAUUUAAACCUGCAAAGCAUUUCUGUCGGUGGCCAAAUGUUGGCGAUUAAUCCAUCAGUUUUUGGAACCUCAGCCACUCAGGGAACCAUAGUCGAUUCUGGAACAACCUUGGCGUACCUUGCAGCAGGAGCUUACGAUCCAUUUGUCAGCGCUAUAACAAGUAUUGUUUCACCAAAUGCACGUACAUAUCUUUCAAAAGGAAAUCAGUGUUACCUUGUCACAUCCAGCGUUACUGACGUAUUUCCUCUAGUAAGUUUAAACUUUGCUGGUGGUGCGUCGAUGAUUUUAAAUCCUCAGGACUACCUCCUGCAGCAAAAUUCCGUCGGUGGAGCUACAGUGUGGUGCAUCGGCUUCCAAAAAACUCCAGGUCAACAGAUAACCAUCUUAGGAGAUCUUGUUCUAAAAGACAAAAUCGUUGUUUAUGAUAUUGCUAAUCAACGGAUUGGAUGGGCUAGUUAUGACUGUUCGCUGUCGGUAAAUGUUUCUACAACUACAAAUACUGGCAAAAGUGAGUUUGUCAAUACCGGGGAGUUCAGUGAUAACAAUUCACCAAGAGAGGUGCCACGCAAGCUGAUACCGAUAACUAUAAUAGUUCUCCUUCUGCAUAUAUUUACUGUUUCCCGGAGUUGCCUGUUUUUAUAGCAUAUCAUGAACUACUAUUCUUUUCUUUCGUUUAAAAUUUUUCGUGCCAGUUUAUUGAAAGAGCCAUACAUUCAUUACCUGUUCGGUCAGGACCGACCAGCUGCUAGGUGUGCAAUAGUUUAUGGGCCAUUGUGACUGAUCUUCGCAUUUUGCUUGGGAAUAUUUUUAUUUCCGUUAGCCAUGUAUACUUGGAGUUACUUGCUUUAGGAGUCAAAUCUAUAGAUAUAGCAUUGUAAAUUAUAUUGCAUACAGGAUUAUUAAUGUAGUAACACAGCUUAAUUCA